AUGUCUUCUGGAGUGAUAACAACGAGAGCGCAGAAAAGACGAAUGGGGGAGAGAGAUGUGUGGGAUUUGAUCGUGAAUGACGAUGAUAUUUGUUUCCAACAUAUUCUUCCGAGAUUGAAUUCGAAUGAUGUGAAAUUCUUGUACGAGGUGAAUGGUGAAACGAGAAAGUUGAUUAAGAGAUCAACUCGCGCGGGUGAUUUGAAGAAGAAGUUUAAGGUCGACGAGAUGUCGUCGGUAUCGACUUUGGAAGUUGCGUGGGAGCAUAAAUCGUUGUUGCCGAGUGACUGGAGCGAUGCUGAAACAAAGUUCUGCUGGCAAGUUGCUGGAACGAAUAAACUCGAGUUGCUCAAGUGGGCGCGAGAGGAGAAAAAGUGUAAGUGGAAUGAAGGGACGAUUAAUAGGGCCGCAGAACAAGGUAAUCUGGAAAUGGUCAAGUAUUGCGUUGCAAAUGAGUGUCCUAUCAGUACGUUGACGUGUGCAAAGGCUGCCGGAGACGGUCAUCUCGAGGUACUCAAAUACUUACGUGAAGAAGCGAAAGCGCCUUGGGGUCCGGAAACUGCCGCUUGGGCGGCUAAAAAUGGUCAUCUCUACAUACUCGAAUAUCUUGUUGAGCGUGAGUUUCAAUUUGACGAAGGCGCGUGUCAGUUGGCGGCCAAAAACGGCCACUUAGACUGUUUGAAGUACUUGCACGAAACCGCCAAAGCGCCUUGGAACUAUUGGGCCGUACGAGGAGCGCACAACAAAAACCACACCGAGUGUGUACAAUACCUCCUCGACAACGACUGCCCGUUACCAGAUGGUUGGUCGUACGAAGACGGAGAGUUAUACUCUUCUGAGGAAGAGGAAGGAGAUUACGUCGACUGGGAAGAAGUCAUGGAAUACUGGGCCGACCCGGAAGACUGGGACGAAUUCAUGGAACACUGGGCCCACGGGAUGUGA